UCUCUGACAGCCUCGGGCCACCACAUAAGGGGACUCUGAAGAAUGACUGAACAAGGCUGGCGUGUGACUGCUCAGAGCCGGACAGGCAUUUGCAUGUAUAAGGCCUGCUGUCUCUGAGGGGCCAUGUCAGAAGGGGAAAGCAAGGACAGCUCGGGCAGCGAGUGCCCCGUGUGCUACGAGAAGUUCCGGGAUCUGGAGGGCGCCAGCCGGACCCUGAGCUGCGGCCACGUGUUCUGUCAUGAUUGCUUGGUCAAGUACCUGCUCUCUACCCGGGUGGACGGACAGGUGCAGAGGACUAUCGUCUGCCCCAUCUGCCGCUAUGUCACCUUCCUCAGCAAGAAGAGCUCCCGCUGGCCCUCCAUGCUGGACAAAAGCUCCCAGACCCUGGCUGUGCCUGUGGGCCUGCCGGCCAUGCCCUCACCAGACCGUGGGGGUCACACAAACCCCCUGGCUGUCUCCCAGCAGGUCUGGAGACAAUCACCAAGUCAGGGGCCUCAGCUCCCCUUGGACCUGCUGCCCACCCUGCCCCGAGAGUCACAGAUCUUCAUCAUCAGUCGCCAUGGGAUGCCACUGGGGGACCAGGACAGUGUGCUGCCCCGACGCAGCCUAGCGGAGAUAUCGGAGGCAUCCCCUGCUCCCAGCGCCACCCGCUCCUUCUGCUGCCGCUCCCGGGCCCUCCUACUCAUCACCCUCAUCGCUGUAGUGGCUGUGGUCGCUGCCAUCCUGCCCUGGGUGCUGCUGGUGAGGAAGCAGGCAUGAGUAGCAGUAUACAGGGCACAGGGGAGUGAGGCUCAGCUUUUAAACUGGGCUCCAUGCUCCACCUGUCAUGGCAUGGGAGA